AUGAGUGUCCUACUUUCUCCCUUGAGCAUUCUUUCCUCUCUUAUUGCUAUAUUGAUUGGCACUUUUCUCUUUAAACGAUCUAGAAAUACAUUCCCCAUCAUUAACAAAAACCCCCAAGACUUUAUCACCAACGCCCGCACCCUCCUGCAAACCGGCUUCUCAACCCACGGUUCAAAACCGUACAUCAUCAACGUCCCCAACGGCCAGAAACUAAUCCUUCCACCAACACUCAUCAACUGGGUUAAGAACAACAAAGAUAUCGACCACCAGCAACUGGUUCGAGAAGAUUUCUUUGCCAAUUAUCCCGGUUUUGAUGUUAACUUUGUCCUGCAUCAUCAGGAUCGAAUGGUGAUCAAUAUGAUUCAGGGAAAGUUGAGCAAGACUGAUAAAACUUUGCCUAUCCUGGAUCAUGCUAUUGAGAAGGGUUUGAAGGAGAUUUGGGGUGAGAGUAAGGAGUGGAAGAGUCUUGAUUGGGAGGAUAAUACUACUGGUAUUAUUUCCCGUGCUGCUUCUUCUAUUUUUGUUGGACCCGAACUUGCUUCCGACCCCGAAUGGCAAACUUUUUCUCGAAAAUAUGUCCUCGACUUCUUCUCCGCCGUUCCAGAAAUGCAAUCUGUCCAUCCCUGGCUCCGAGGCAUUCGUCAGUAUUCUCUCCCCCACGCAACAGCCUGUCGCACCGGUCUUGCACGCGCUCGCGAGAUGGUCAACAAAGUGGUCCAAAAGCGCCGUCAAGAAACCAAUCUUCCCGCUUACUACGACGCUCUUGCUUGGACGAUGGAGAAUCCGGCUGCUGAGGGCUUUGAACCGGGCGAUGUCCAGUUAGCUCUUGCUAUGGCUGCUUUAUUCACUACUUCUGAGCUGUUUAGGCAGAUUCUAAUUGGGAUUGCUAAACGACCCGAGUAUGUUGAGCCUUUGAGGAAAGAAAUUCAGGAUGCUAUGGGUGAUGGUGUUACUGGCGCGAGUUUGGUCAAGAUGGGGUUGUUGGAUAGUUUUAUGAAGGAGUGUCAGCGACAAAUUCCUCCUCUUGUCCUCUUGGAACGAAUCGUUGUCCGCGAUACAAUCCUCCCCGACGGAACACCCCUUAGCAAAGGAACUCACAUCGCCGUCGACGGUCGCGAAAUGCUUAACCCACCAUCCUACGAGAAUCCUGACGAAUUCGACGGCUGUCGCUUUUACAAGCGUCGCGAAGCAGGUGACAACUCUGGAUUACUUGUUCAAUCCAGCCCUGAUCAUGCUCACUUUGGCAUGGGAAGACAUCAAUGUCCUGGACGGUUCUUUGCUGGAAGUGAGCUUAAGCUUUGUCUGGCGCAGAUUUUGAUGAAGUAUGAUCUUAGACUCAAGGAGGGAUAUGAACCUAAGGUUAUGGAGAUGGGGUUCAUGUCUAUUUGUGAUCCUUUUGCUCAGAUUGAGAUUAGGAGGACGUAG